AGUCACCAUGAGGGCGCUGGUUCUGCUCUGCUGCUUCGUGGCGUCUCUCCUUCUCUCAGGACAAGCAGAAGAGACGGAGGAUGUGAGUGAAGAAGCCGUAUUGCGUGAUCGCUCCCACAUUGAGAAAACUCUGAUGCUGAAUGAGGACAAGCCAGCUGAUGACUAUUCAGCGGUGCUGCAACGGCUUCGGAAAAUCUAUCAUUCAUCCAUCAAGCCCCUAGAGCAGUCUUACAAGUACAACGAGCUCCGGCAGCACGAGAUCACAGACGGGGAGAUCACAUCUAAGCCCAUGGUGCUGUUCUUGGGACCGUGGAGUGUCGGUAAAUCAACCAUGAUAAACUACCUCCUGGGCUUGGAAGAUACUCGCUACCAGCUCUACACAGGUGCUGAGCCCACCACCUCGGAGUUCACGGUCCUCAUGCAUGGGCCCAAGCUGAAGACCAUUGAGGGCAUUGUCAUGGCUGCUGACAGUACCCGCUCCUUCUCACCCCUGGAGAAGUUUGGUCAGAACUUUCUGGAGAAGCUGAUUGGCAUUGAAGUUCCCCAUAAACUUUUAGAGCGGGUCACUUUUGUGGAUACACCAGGCAUCAUUGAGAACCGCAAGCAGCAAGAAAGAGGUUACCCCUUCAACGAUGUGUGCCAGUGGUUCAUCGACAGAGCCGAUCUCAUCUUUGUCGUCUUUGACCCAACCAAGCUGGAUGUGGGUUUGGAGCUUGAGACGCUCUUCCGCCAGCUGAAGGGACGUGAAUCCCAGAUCCGGAUUAUCUUGAACAAGGCUGACAACCUGGCCACCCAAAUGCUGAUGCGGGUUUACGGUGCUCUCUUCUGGAGCUUGGCCCCGCUCAUCAAUGUCACGGAGCCCCCAAGGGUCUACGUCAGCUCCUUCUGGCCACAAGACUACAAGCCCGACACCCACCGGGAACUGUUUCUCAAAGAGGAGAUCUCCCUGCUGGAAGACCUGAACCAGGUGAUUGAGAACAGGCUGGAGAACAAGAUUGCCUUCAUCCGCCAGCAUGCUAUUCGGGUCCGCAUCCAUGCCCUCUUGGUUGACCGCUAUCUGCAGACUUACAAGGACAAAAUGACCUUCUUCAGUGAUGGGGAACUGGUCUUUAAGGACAUUGUGGAAGACCCCGAUAAGUUCUACAUCUUCAAGACCAUCCUGGCAAAGACCAAUGUCAGCAAAUUUGACCUUCCCAACCGUGAGGCCUACAAGGACUUCUUUGGCAUCAACCCCAUUUCCAGUUUCAAACUACUCUCCCAGCAGUGCUCCUACAUGGGUGGUUGCUUCCUGGAGAAGAUUGAGCGGGCCAUCACCCAUGAGCUUCCUGCCCUCCUGGGCAGCCUUGGGCUAGGGAAGAACCCAGGUGCUCUGAACUGUGACAAAACAGGGUGUGGCGAAACUCCAAAGAAUCGCUAUAAGAAACACUAGAUUGUUGUGGAGCCGUUCUCCAGCUGUUCUUGGUGAAUGAGCAUGCGUCCUGUCUGUCUGAGAAGUCUUGGUUUAUUAACCCUUUGAGCCACACUGGCAAGGAUUCAGCAUUGGAGAGUUGGGAGUUAAUUGAGGCCAGUGAUAGGGGAAAGAACAUGACCAGGGAGGAAGGGGAGUGGACACUGUGAAUCAUACUGUGCUUGUCUUGUUGCUUCUGUUAGGAGGCCUGAUUGGGGAGAGUCAGACCACACAGCUGCUUUCUAGGGCCUUCUCCAGGAGGGACAGAGAGCAGCUACCUUCAAGUUUGUACUGAAAUCAUGAGGGUCAUAAAAGCAGCUGAAAUUCCUUUUCCUUAUGAGUUAGGACGGUAGUGAAGACCCAGGGUUCUACAGGGCUCUUUGGUCUGUUUCUGUUUUCUUCCAUACGCAGUCUCUCUUUGUUCCCAGUCUUCUCCUCUUCAGCCUCCAAAGUUCAGGUUGGCUUUCAACUGUGGACAGUGUCUUGGGUCUGACUCUCCCUGGGUUU